AUGCGGUUCAGCGUUCUCACAAGCAUACUGGCUGCCCUGGUGGCAGCAGUCGACGCGAAGCCGCUGCGGCCAAGGACCAUUAAUCAUGUUGUGCACGAGGAGAGAGUGGCUGCUCGGAGCAGUUGGUCGAAGGCUCAUCGAAUUCACGCUGCUGCGAACCUGCCAGUCCGGAUAGGUCUCACGCAGCAGAACCUUCACCGGGCUGAGGAGCUGGUAUACGAUGUGUCUCACCCGGAGUCCCCCAACUACGGAAAACACUGGUCGCCUGAGAAGAUCGUGGACAUGUUCAAGCCCAAGCAGGACUCUGUCGACUCGGUCAUGGAGUGGCUGCAGAUGGAAGGAAUCCACCCGAGCCGGAUAAAAAUGUCGGCAUCGAAAAGCUGGAUCACAUUCAACGCGACAGUGCGAGAGAUGGAACAGAUGCUGAAGACAACAUACCACGUCUAUAAGCACUCAACCUCUACGAGCGCUCGUCACGUAGCUUGCGACAAGUAUCACCUCCCAGAGCACCUGGUCGAGCAUGUCGAUAUCAUCACGCCUACGGUACAUUUCGAUCAGCGCGUGGGGCACGGUCGGAAGAACAGGUUCAGGGAAAUGCCGGAGGAUGCCAUGUCAGAGCUUAAGAAGAGAUCUGCCGAGUUGCAGAAACGGCAGCGUCCUGAAAAGGGCAUUGUCGGCAGUCCUGAUGACGGCAGCAACCCGAAGCAGGGCGCUUUCGUUGACAACGCUCUGAUGGACCUGACACAAUGCGACUCCAUGAUCACGCCCGCUUGCCUGCGAGCUCUUUACGCGACUCCGCCAGGUAGCCUCUCAGCCAGCAACAACACCCUUGGUAUCGUCGAGUACACGCCCCAGGCUUUCCUACAGAAGGACCUGGAUAUGUAUUUCAAGGAGUUCGAGCCCAACCUGAACGGCAAGUCGCCAAUUGUGACGCUUCUCGACAACGGCGUCGUCCAAGACAAGAACCAGAGUUUCAGUUUCAAUGGCGAGUCCGCACUGGACUUGGAAUUCGCGAUGGCCCUGAUCUACCCUCAGCAGGCCACUUUGUACCAGGUCGGCGAUCUGGUCCAGAGCGCAAGCUUCAACAACUUUCUGGACGGCAUUGACGGCAACUACUGUCAAUUCGAGGGUGGUGAUUCCAAGGAUCCCAAUGUCGACGGUCAAUACCCAAACUCAGUGAACUGCGGCACCACCAAACCCACAAACGUGAUAUCCACUAGUUACGGAUUCAAUGAGGCAGAUCUGGGCAUCAAGUACGAGCAGCGACAGUGUGACGAGUACAUGAAGCUGGCACUGCGGGGUGUGACCGUUGUUUAUUCCUCCGGCGACUUCGGCGUAGCAGGCAACGGAGACCAGUGCAUCGAUCCGGUUACUGGAGCUUACAACAAUGGAUCCAGCGGCCUGUUCAACCCCUCGUUCCCUGGAGGUUGCCCAUGGGUGACAUCCGUGGGUGCGACUCAGAUCCUGAACGGGUCGACAGUCAGAACGCCUGAGAGCGCCUGUGAGCGGGUCAUCUUCUCUGGCGGAGGGUUUUCGAACGUCUUCGCGAUGCCAUCGUACCAGAAACAGGCAAUCGGCACUUACUUCGCCGACCACGCGCCCCCAUAUGGCGCGGACCGUUUCAACAACUCAAAGGUGGUCAGAGGCUUCCCAGACGUCAGUGCCAACGGCGCCAACUAUGUCACGGCUGUGGACGGCCGGUUCUCGCUGUCUUUUGGAACAUCGGCAUCCGCCCCUGUCUUUGCAUCCAUCAUCAACAUGGUCAACGAGAAGCGUCUUCAGGCGGGUAAGGGCCCUGUCGGCUUCAUCAACCCGGCUCUUUACGCCAAUCCGCAGGUCAUGAACGACGUGACCAACGGCAAGAACCCCGGGUGCGGCACGGAUGGCUUCUCGGCAGUGGAAGGGUGGGAUCCGCUCACGGGGCUGGGGACGCCGAAUUACCCCCAAUUGGAGGCGUUGUUCAUGACUCUACCUUAA